UUUUGAAUAUCAUUGAGUUAUAUUUCAAAGCUGUUAAACAGUAGAAUUCUUUUAUAAUGGUACAUAUAAAAAAGACUCUCCUUGAUGUUAGAUCGUCUUCAAAUCCUUGUCACAAUUUUGAGCAAGCUCUGUAACAGUUAUAAGCACACAAGUCACAACCGCAGUUCGAAAAACCGCCCAUGCUCCCUUCCCGCCAUCUCCGCGCCGCCGCGCGGCAGCGAAGCCACAGGCGGCCGGCCGCCCCUGCAGACGCCUGCAUUACCGGCAAGCCCGAUGCGGAGGUGAUCCGACGCAACAAGGCCAUCACGGCGCACAUGCGUGCGGGCCGCGUUCCAGACGCCGAGCGCCUCUUCGCCGCGAUGUCCCGCCGCUCCACCUCCACCUACAACGCCAUGCUCGGCGGUUACGCCGCCAACGGACGCCUCACGCUGGCGCUCUCCUUCUUCCGCUCCAUUCCGCGGCCCGAUUCCUUCUCCUACAACACGCUCCUGCACGCGCUGGGGGUGUCAUCGUCACUCGCCGACGCGCGCGCCCUGUUCGACGAAAUGCCUGUGAAGGAUUCCGUAUCCUACAACGUCAUGAUCUCGUCUCACGCCAACCAUGGUCUGGUGUCGCUCGCACGGCACUACUUUGACCUCGCCCCGGAGAAGGAUGCUGUCUCGUGGAAUGGCAUGCUUGCUGCGUAUAUCCGGAAUGGACGGAUCCAAGAGGCAAGGGAUCUGUUUGAUUCAAGGACAGAGUGGGAUGCCAUUUCUUGGAAUGCUUUGAUGGCUGGGUAUGUGCAGUGCAGUCAGAUAGAAGAAGCUCAGAAAAUGUUUAAUAGAAUGCCACAGAGAGAUGUCGUUUCCUGGAAUACUAUGGUGUCCGGUCAUGCGAGGAGAGGAGAUAUGGCUGAGGCAAGAAGGUUGUUUGAUGUGGCUCCAAUUAGAGAUGUGUUCACCUGGACAGCUGUUGUCUCUGGAUACGCACAAAAUGGGAUGCUCGAAGAGGCCAAGAGGGUGUUUGAUGCCAUGCCAGAGAAGAAUGCUGUGUCGUGGAAUGCAAUGAUGGCAGCAUAUGUCCAGCGGAGGAUGAUGGAGGAGGCAAAGGAGUUGUUUGAUGCUAUGCCCUGCAGGAAUGUGGCUUCGUGGAACACAAUGUUGACGGGGUAUGCUCAGGCUGGGAUGCUGGACGAGGCGAGGGCAAUUUUUGACAUGAUGCCACAGAAAGAUGCAGUCUCAUGGGCUGCAAUGCUGGCUGCAUAUUCACAAGGUGGUUUCAGUGAGGAAACACUGCAGUUGUUCAAAGAGAUGGGACGCUGUGGUGAGUGGGUGAAUAGGUCAGCAUUUGCUUGUGUUUUGAGCACAUGUGCUGACAUUGCUGCACUUGAGUGUGGAAUGCAGCUGCAUAGUAGGUUGAUUAAGGCUGGUUAUGGGGUGGGCUGCUUUGUUGGAAAUGCACUCCUAGCUAUGUACUUCAAAUGCGGGAACAUGGAGGAAGCUCACAGUGCAUUUGAAGAGAUGGAGGAGAGGGAUAUUGUUUCAUGGAAUACUAUGAUUGCAGGCUAUGCACGGCAUGGUUUUGGCAAGGAAGCACUUGAGGUUUUUGAUACAAUGAGGAAGACAUCUACCAAGCCAGAUGAUAUUACUUUGGUUGGAGUACUUGCAGCAUGUAGUCAUUCUGGCUUGGUUGAGAAAGGGAUUUCAUACUUCUAUUCGAUGCACCGGGAUUUUGGUGUGACAGCAAAACCUGAACACUACACUUGUAUGAUAGAUCUUCUUGGCCGGGCUGGGCGAUUGGAUGAAGCAGUUAAUCUUAUGAAGGACAUGCCUUUUGAGCCUGACUCUACCAUGUGGGGUGCAUUACUUGGUGCCAGUAGGAUCCACCGCAACUCUGAACUAGGCAGGAAUGCAGCUGAGAAAAUAUUUGAGUUGGAACCUGAAAAUGCAGGCAUGUAUGUCUUGCUUUCGAAUAUAUAUGCAUCAUCUGGCAAAUGGCGUGAUGUGGACAAGAUGAGACUUAUGAUGCAUGAACGUGGUGUGAAGAAGGUUCCAGGAUUCAGUUGGAUUGAGGUGCAGAACAAAGUCCACACUUUCUCAGUGGGUGAUUCUGUGCAUCCUGAAAGAGAAGACAUAUAUGGUUUCCUGGAAGACCUUGACAUCAGGAUGAAAAAGGCUGGAUAUGUAUCAGCUACAGACAUGGUUUUGCAUGAUGUGGAGGAGGAAGAGAAGGAGCACAUGCUAAAGUAUCAUAGCGAGAAGCUUGCUGUUGCUUAUGGUAUUCUAAAAAUUCCUCCUGGGAGGCCCAUCCGGGUGAUAAAGAACCUGAGAGUAUGCAGAGACUGUCACACUGCUUUCAAGUAUAUCUCUGCGAUCGAGGGCAGACUGAUCAUAUUGCGGGAUUCCAACCGGUUUCACCAUUUUAGAGAUGGUUCUUGUUCAUGCGGUGAUUACUGGUGAUUAUGACUAGAUAUUUCAUGCAAAGAUAUUCUGAAUGAACUGCAGUGGACUUCGAAAUCAUGAUUAUGCAAUGCAGGCUAAGGACCAAAAAAAAAUAGGCAUCCUGAUGUCUGGAUCUGGCCCUGUUAGCCACUACCCACUAGACCUUCUAAUUUGCUACUGGUUCAGAAAGAGAUUAUCCUGGUGAUCUGCCACAUUAAAUAGCUUUCAGUUCAUUGGUGAGCACUGAGAUCCAUACCUCUAGAAUGAAAAGACAUUGAUUGAGUUGUUUUAUUUCUGAUGUCCCUCAUCAUUGCUUCCUGGCUUACUGCCCCUUGCAGCUCUUGGUAGGCACCACACAUACAUUCCUCCCUGCAGCGAACAUUGACAUGUGUGCUUGGCCAACUUCGGUUGUCAUUCUGAUUGUUUGGUAGUAGACCUUGAACACAUGAAUGAACAUGUCUGGUUUAACUGUAAAAUUCCUUCCCCAAAUUAAUGCAUCAAGGAAUACAUGUGAGCACAAAGAUGAGGAAAUUAAGUGGUUGCUUAACUGCAGAAUUCUUUGCUCAGAUCAAUGUUUGCUUGUAGCUUCAUCAUUUUUUAAUUUAUGAGUAGCCUAUUAUUAAUCUGAAGUUUUUUUUAUUAAAUGUCACCAGCUAUCUAUAAGGGGUGAAAUUAAGAUCACUCUCCAAUUCUGCAUGCAAGAGUGAGGUUCUUAUAUCAAUAGCUAUCUGUAAUCAACCAUACAACUACAAUAUCAGUAGCUAUGUUUUUAGGUGGAUGGCGCACUGCAUUUAGAGAUAUAUCCAACAGCAGGAACAUCUCAACAGUGUUGUAACCUCGGCCACGCCACUACAGCCAAAAUUGUUGUCCUUGAACCUGAAAGGCAAUGGGACAAGGAUCGGUGGCUGCUGAAAUGACUGAGGAACAGAGGGAAGAAAGGAAUAGAAAGCAACAUGAAUACCAAGCAAAGGGGAAGGCUGAAAUAGAAAAAGUUCAGGGAGCAAAUGCUGCAUCAUCUAUACUGGCCACACCUACUCUUGGUAUGUUUGUUUAGGGUCAGAGGCAAUGUUCUUCCUUAAUCAACUUUACUGUUAUUUGCUGUAUGUAAUUACUUGGACAAUAUUUUACAGCAGAUUCUUUUGCAAGCAUCAAUCACAAGAGACAAGAAAAUGUUGAUAGGGCUGACCCAGACCCUGCAUUAUAUAGGCUACAGAUUGGCCUUAGUAAUUCCCUUUUGUAGUGUGUACUGUGUGUCCAGUGAUGCAUAAUGUAUAAGAUCUGAAAUCUCACCGAAUGAAAGGAACUGUGCAGCCCCAUAGAGCUAUGGAUGAACUUAUGAGAUAGUUAACUCAAUCACUAUUAAAGACUUCCCCCAUAAAUUUCUGUCUCGAUCUAUUUCUGCAGUACGGGGCUGUUUGGAUGGUGGCUGAAAAAGCUUGCCUGGGCCAGGCAGCCCUCCCAGGCAGACGAUUUUGGACGCCUGGGGCCAGGAUCUCUUGCCUGACCAGACAAUGCCUGCUAGGCUUCCAUCCAAACACGCCCUACCUGCGUAACUAUCCAACAUUCGCUGCUACAGCUAGCUAAUGGACAUUGGUCUUCACAAAGAGUGUGUCCACUGGCAUGGAAGAGAAGGUGCUGAAGUUGGCUGAGAUGGGCUUUCCAGAGGAUCUGAUGAGCAAUGCCCUGAAGAGUGUCAAUGUAUAUGCUGUAUAAAUUCUCAAUGUUGUGAAAAUUCUGAAUCUUGUGAAGCAUUCAGAGUUCUGUUUUAACCUUUAAGUUCAGAGCUCUGAAUGUUCUGAAACGCUGAAUGCUCUGUUUUAACAUUCAGAGAAUUCCAAACCUUUCUAGCUCGUGGCGCCACCAUUUUCAUUUUCAGUGUUGCUGAUAAUUAAUUUGCCCCUAGAGUAAUAAUCAGAGAAGUGAUUGAUUUUAAUUUUCUUAUUGCUUUUUCUUUUUCUUUAAUCAGUCUGCUGAAACUGAAAGGCACGUGGAGGGCUACAGAAGAAGCUCUUUGUAAUCUGCUAUUUUUCUUCAAGGGCCGCAGAACUAGGAUGCAAUCAUACAAAAUGGAUUCAGUAUAACAACUGUUAUGCUGAUAAUUGUUGUAUGAGCAGUUUGCUAUUCUUCAGUUAUAUAUGUAGCCAUGCAGGUGGGAUUCUCGUGUUACUAUUAAAUUUGCUGCUAAACCUUUAUGCUUGUGAAUUUGUGGUAUUGCCGUCUGAAGUUCUGAAGAUGAUUGCCUAGCACACCUGUUUCGCAAUUUCAUAGUGAACCAAUCAGCUCUAGGCAUACUGCGGAUACAUUAUCUCUAUGCAAUCACCUCAGAAUUAUAUGACCAUGCAUGCGACGCACACGUGAAGACUAGGUCUAUUUGGUAGAAUUC